UUUUUACUAUCUCCACCGCUAACGUCUUAUGUUGGAUGAAAAAAAAGCCUGUAAAGUCUACACCUAACAGAGUCUAUUAAUCAGUGCAUUAUGCCUGAUGAAAUGGCGAGGCCUUUAAUCCGAGGAGGAGGCUCCAGACAUCUCGAAGCCUCCAUGUCUGAAGCAGGCGCUCCAGUUGUUGGAAUCCUGGGUACGGGUGACUUCUCCCGUUCGCUGGCGAGAAGGCUGGUGGCCUCCGGCUACCAAGUGGUGGUGGGGAGUCGAAACCCCAAACGCUCUGUGGCUUUGUUCCCUGAAGAAGCCGAGGUGACGUCCCAGAUGGAGGCAGCCAGCCAGGCAGACCUUGUCUUUGUCGCUGUGUUCCCGGAGCACCACUCCACGCUGGUGGAGCUGAAGCCGGCACUAGCUGGAAAGACGCUGGUGGAUGUCAGCAACGGUCUGAGAAUCAACCGCGACGGGCCUUCGCACGCCGAGCAGCUGGCCGACUUGUUUCCAGAGAGCACUGUCGUCAAAGGGUUUAACACCAUAUCAGCCUGGACCCUCCAGAGGGGGCCUCGGGAUGGAAGCAGGCAGAUUUUCCUGUGCAGUAACAGCAGCAAGGCCAAGAGCUCGGUGAUGCAAAUCUGUCGUAGAAUGGGCUUCGUCCCCGUCGACAUGGGCCUCCUCUCCUCUUCUCUGGAGAUCGAAAACCUCCCCCUCUUUCUGUUUCCCUCCUGGCGCCUCCCAGUCCUCUGCACUCUGACCCUGUUCCUCUUCUUCUACGUGUACAACUUCGUCCGCGACGUCCUGCGGCCCUACGUCAAAGCAGAGAAGAGCGUUUUCUACAAAAUGCCUAUCGAGAUGGUCAAUGUCACGCUUCCCUCCGUGGCAUUGGUGAUGCUCUCUCUGGUCUAUCUGCCUGGUUUGUGCGCCGCUUUUCUCCAGCUGUGGUGGGGCACAAAGUACAAUCGCUUCCCGAACUGGCUGGACCGGUGGCUGACCAGCAGAAAGCAGUUUGGGCUGUGUAGCUUCCUGUGUGCGGGUCUUCAUGCCAUCUAUAGUCUGUGUCUCCCCAUGAGGAAGUCUGCCCGCUACAAACUGCUCCUGGCUUUUAAACAGAUGGAGGAGGGGGGGGCGGAGGACUUGUGGAAUGACGAGGAGGUGUGGAGGAUGGAGCUGUACCUCUCAGUGGGCAUCAUGGCCCUCGGGCUGCUCUCUCUGCUGGCUGUCACCUCGCUGCCUUCAGUGGCCAACGCUGUCAACUGGAGAGAGUUCAGCUUUAUACAGUCCACACUGGGUUACUGUGCCUUGUCCAUGGCCACCCUCCACACACUCCUCUUCGGCUGGAACCGUGCCUUUGAUUCAGCCCAGUACCACUUCAACCUGCCGCCCACCUUCAUACUGGUCCUGAUUAUUCCCCUGGCGGUUCUGCUGGGCCGCCUGGCUCUCUUCCUACCCUGCAUGGCCCGGCGGCUUGCACAGAUCCGCCGUGGCUGGGAGAAGAGCCGACACAUCCGCUUCACUCUGCCAGAUGACGACUGCCGCAACGGGCUGGAGGACGUCAGUAAUGUGUGAGAAACACACUGUAAGCUUCAACCCAGAGCUGAGGACGAACACUAUUCACUUCUGGUAUAAUUUAUGCAAAACUGUCACUGUUACACUUCUAAUGAACCUGUUGAAUUUUGCAUAAGUUCAUAACUGAGUCUUUGAAAUAAGAUUUCUUCGCUCUCCUCAGCAGAGGUAGACGUACCCUUCCUCUUGGCUUGUGCAUUCCUGUCAGUUAAAGGUUUUCAUUUUUAUUUUGUCUCUUCUUGCACUUAAAGAUGGCUGCUCAGAUUAUUGUCAGCCAGCCUGCGACAUUUUGUCCACAUGCUAAAAUGGCAACAGACAUGGUUUUGUGUUGUUUUUGCUGUCACUGAUGAAACUCCAGUGUUUCUUCUUCUUUUGUUUUACAUUUUAUUUUGCAACACUUUGAAAAUUUAAUGUGCUGUCACAUUAAUUCAAACUAAAAGCAACUGUAUGAAAAUUAUUGGGCUGGUGAGGGAGGUGAAACUUAUCCUUCCCCAGUAUUAUAUAUAUUUUCUUUGGACUUUUCGGUGAAGAUUCUCAGUCAUCCAGGUCAUGGUAAUCGUAAGUGCUAUAUCGUAGGCAACUGGACUUGCUUGCAUUUCUUGGAAGACGUUUCGCCUCUCAUCCAAGAAGCUUCUUCAGUUCUAAAUGACUGGUACGAACCAGUUGGCCAGGUGGGUCAACGACUCACAUUGUGACCUUAACGACUCUGAAACUAAGAGCUCACGUGACCCCUACGACUCUGCAAGGGUUCCCACCCACACAGGGUUUAUAGCCUGCAACUUCGUACCAGUAAUUUAGAACUGAAGAAGCUUCUUGGAUGAGAGGCAAAACGUCUUCAAGAAACGCAAGCAAGUCCAGUUGCCAACGAUAUAGCACUUACGAUUUUGUUUGGACCUUCCCCUCAACCUCAGAACCAGUUAUUGUUUGAUUACAGUAAAGCCUCUGGGGGGCAAUGGCCGAUAUUUCGGGAGUUUUGGUGUAGUCAGUGGAUAUCCAGGCCAAGACUUCCUCUUCCAUGCCCCGCUCGUUGUUUACAAUUCAGUUAGUAACUUGAGAAAGGUCCGGACAAAAUUGUGGCUAGUCUCUAUAAACAGGUAUCUGUGUUUGAAUGCUGAUAAAUUAGGGAAAAACUAGUACCAAGCAAAAUCGUCUGAGAUGAUAGAUAGAUUCUGAUACUGCAUUCAGCAUUCCACCUCUUUUGCUCUUCAGGCGGACCCAGUAUCUCUACGUGAUAAACCAUUAUUGAGUUUAUUCAGGUCCUGGAACCAUUAAUAAUUUAAAGAGGCAAAGUGUAAAGAAUUUUAGAUGAUGUACCCCAUUUAAAUAUUUCAUGUCCUCCACUAUUACACAAACUAGAAGUGAAAUUUGAAAUUACCAAAUGCACGGCAUAUGAGCCAAUUUAAGUGUUUGAACCAAGGGCUGAUAAACGUUAACUUCCUGUUUUAUGCGUAUAGGAAUUUGCUUUUUUUAUGUAGUUAUAAAUGCAAAGAAAGCUUUAUGUGUCUUGGUUCUAGCUUGUUAGCGUUGGAAGAACAGGUGAUCAAGUUUGUGAGUUCAAGGACUGAAAACAUGCAGAACUGAUCAUGUUAGGUGUGUUUCAAGAGAGUUCGACAGUGUUCCCUUAAAAAAGAAAAAUGACAAAAUGGCCACCCCUCCCUCUUACAAUAAUUUUUGUACAGUCCCUUACUCAGGUGGUCUUUACAGUGUAACUAGAAAGCCACAUCUGAGGCAUUCCUGCAUCUCUAGUUGCCACAGUUGUGAAGUACAGACAAGUGGUUACACAAUUUUAGAAAACUGCCAUUGAUGAGUUUUUUAUUUUUAAAUAUGGUUACAAUAUAGUGUUGUACUAAACUGACCUGCUGUACAAGUACACAUCUUACUUACAAACAUAUCAAGAGGGUGUUACAGAACUUUUUUUUUUUUUUACUGUUUUUAUCAUGAGCUGUUGUGUGAUUUCAGCAGUUUUUGUUUCAUUAUAUGAAUUUGUAUUUUCUCAGUUUCAUGUGUUCUUGCCAAAGAUGAUUCUCCGUUAUGUGAUCGGUAGAUUUCUAACUGAAUCCUAAUUAAAACGUCAUUGUGAAGUAGUGAAAUUUAAGCAGUCUAACAAAAGCAUGAAUGUAGAUUUCAAAUGGAAAUUUCUAGAACAUAGAAUAAAGCGUUUUUCUACAUUUUUUUGCUAUUGUAUUUAUGUUUUAAUUAAAGUGAAAUAGAUUUGUUGUGGAUGAUUCAUGUCAAGAUUUCUCAACUGAGUCAAAGGCUGAUAAAAACUUCAUUUAAUAUGUGAAUGCUGCCAUCUUGUGGCAGAACAAUAAUAGUCUCCAAAUGUCUCCCAAAGCUAUAUAUAUAUAUAUAUAUAUAUAUAUAUAUAUAUAUAUAUAUAUAUACAUAUAUAUAUAUAUAUUUUUUUUUUUUGUUAUGUGUAUAUGUACUUUGGAAAACACAAAAGCAAAAACUGAUAUU